AGGAAAGCGGCUCGUGAUUGGCCAGCUUGCCUCUCUGUGAGCAGCGGGAGGCCUUUCCGGCGCGCGGCAACGAGAGUGAAACGCGGCCGCUCUCCCUGCAGGCAUUUCUAAAAUGAAGAAACUUCUGCUGCUUGAUGUUGAUUGUGGCGUUGAUGAUGCUCAAGCUAUUAUGAUGGCCCUGGCAUCUCCCAAUGUCGAAGUCCUGGGGAUUACUUGCUGUUAUGGAAACAGUAUCUUGGAAAAUAUAUGUAAAAACGUAUUUCGUGUGUUACAUAUUUGUAACAAGCUCGAGAUUCCAGUUUAUCCUGGUGCCUCAUCUCCAAUACUUGGUGGACCUGUGGAAGGGGCAAAUUAUCAUGGAAAAGAUGGACUGGGUGAUGUUCCAGAUCCCAACGCUCCAGGAUUAGAGCUUCUGCAGGAAGAACAUGCUGUGCUGGCAAUGUUAAGAAUAGUCAAUGAACGACCGGGUCAGGUUUCUCUAGUUGCUACUGGUCCCUUGACCAAUUUAGCGCUGGCUGUGAAAAUGGACCCAACAUUUCCUAAGAAACUUAAAAAUGUGUUCAUCAUGGGAGGAAAUACGGAAGCCAGAGGAAAUACUACAGUCUGUGGAGAAUUCAAUUUUGCAACAGACCCAGAAGCUGCUUACAUUGUCUUAAAUGAGUACACCUGCCCAACUUACAUUGCAUCAUGGGAGUUCACAUGCUCCUGCCCACUAUCCUGGGAAUUCUACCAUGAAUGGGUUAAUCAGAAAACUGAGAAAGCUAUGUUCGUGAAGAAAAUAUUUGCUCAUUCUUUUGAAUUCUCAAAAAUCUUGGGGGAAAACCCAGGUGAAAAGGAAUGGCGGUCAGGGUUUGUUCCAUGUGAUUCCUACGCUAUGGCAGCUGCCAUCGAAGAUGAUUUUUUAACAGAAUACACAGCAAUUGGUGUAUCUGUUGAGCUCAAAGGUUCACUAACAAGAGGAAUGAUGGUAGUGGACUGGAGUAACAAACUGAACAAGGAGAACAAAGCUUUCCUAAUGAAAAAUUGUGAUUUAGGGAAGUUCCGGUCACUUCUGCUAGCUGCUGUAAAAUAAUAAUAAUUUGUAUUGUUAUAAGGAUUUACUGAAGUUCCCUCCUCAAGCAUACAUAUAAUGGGCAUCCUGAUCUCUGGUGUUGCUAUCCAAUCAGGUUUGUGUUGCAAUACCUAAAAUUACAUUGAGGUUGUUGAUUUAUUUUUUUUAUAAACACCAAUCAAGUGGUAUAUUAAUUAUAUGGGAAAAAACCCCAAAAAAACAGAAGCCACAUCACAAAGGGGUUUUCAGCCUCCUUUACUACAGCUUUCUGUUAGCACAGAACAUAUAGCUGGAAGAGGGUGAAAGAUAGUCAUCCUCUGGGAGUCCCAAGAUUUGGCUCUAAACUAGCUCAUUUCAUGACACCAGCCUCCUUUUGAAGAGUGAGCUGAUGGCAUAAUGCAGGGAGCUAAGCCAAUUGCAGAGCCAGAGCAAGGAGAGCAAUAUUAGGUUGGCAGGCAUUAACACUGCCACCAUUUGUAUUGAUUCUAUUGCUGAGAAAAAAUAUUGUAAAAGGUCCAAAUUGAAUUUACACCAUUGAGAGAGAAUCCAUAGGACUUAGACAUCUUGCGAGUUACCUAAUAACGUUAAAGACCCAUGUUGUCUGGUAGACUGAAAUAGAUGCUUAGUUAUUUAAUACUGAUUUAUCUGCAGAGAACGGGCAAAAAUUCUAUUAGUGAGAUUACACAAGCUGAACACAAUCUAGAGAAAAACAAGCAUGGUUUUAGAAUUACUUUCACGGAAUAAAUUUGCCACUAGAUCCAAUAAUGUUUACGUUAACUUUCAGAAAGUACAGUGGUACCUCUGGUUAAGAACUUAAUUCGUUCUGGAGGUCCGUUCUUAACCUGAAACUGUUCUUAACCUGAGGUACCACUUUAGCUAAUGGGGGCCUCCCGCUGCUGCCGCGCCACCGCCACGUGAUUUCUGUUCUCAUCCUGAAGCCAAGUUCUUAACCAGAGGUACUAUCUCUGGGUUAGCAGAGUCUAUAACCUGAAGCGUCUGUAACCUGAGGUACCACUGUACACACCAAUUCUUUUACACAAGAUGCUUUUGUGUAAUAGCCACAACUAGAAUAAAUUACGUGAAGUACUGGAAAUUUUUGUUAAGUUCAUUUAGAAGCACAAGGGGGAAAUAAAUUACAUGAAUAUGCUACGUCAGCAUUGACAGAAGGAAAGUAAUGCUGUAAUCAUGUUCAUGUGUACAGAAUUCUUUGAAUCAGUUAUUAAAUUAAUAAAGAACAUCUACAGAUAUGAUUAAGAGUCAAUUUAUUGUAGAAAAUAUUGAACUAAGUCUGUAUAUGCAUGUGUGUGCAUGUACACACACACACACACACACACACACACAGUUUUAAAACAUUUAAUAAAAUAUUUUAAAAAUUGAAAAGUACACUUUCUCUAGAUUGUACCUGUGCAUCAUAA